GGGCUCUCUACACAUACGAGGAUGGCACAGAUAAUCUCAUCUUGGCAUCAACAGGGGGUGGAGGUUUGCCUGACCUUUCUAGCCAUUUCGAGAACCAGAAAGUGAUGUAUGGAUUCUGCAGUGUAAAAGAGCCUCAUGCCAUGCUUGCUCGAUAUGUCCUUAUAAACUGGGUUGGGGAAGAUGUUGCAGAUGCCAGAAAAAAUGUGCUUGUGCCAGUCAUGUAGCACAAGUUGCAGACUUUUUCCAGGGGGUUGAUGUCAUAGUGAAUGCCAGCAGUGUGGAGGAUAUAGAUCCUAUGGCUAUAGGCCAGCGUCUAUCCAAUGGUUCUGGACGUCUUGCUAGCCCAGUCCUGCAGCGACUGCAGCUCCGGGAGGAUUCUGAUUCUGUGGGAACCAAUUACCAGAAGACAAACGCUGCUGUGGAAAUGAAACGGCUCAAUAGGGAACAGUUCUGGGAGCAAGCAAAAAGAGAGGAAGAGGAAAGGAAGCAGGAAGAGAGACAGAAAGCAAUGGAGGAGAGGCUUCGCUUUGAGCAAGAGCGUAUGGAACAGGAGCGAAAAGAGCAAGAAGAGCGAGAGAAGCGCUACCAGGAAAGAGAACAGCAAAUAGAGGAACACAGAAAGAAGCUUCAAGAUGAAGAGGCAGAGGAGGCAAAAAAGCGAUUACAGAGCAACUCCAUAUUUAACUGUCUGUUUAUACCCUGCCAGAUGGACCAGAGAGACGAGGAUGAGGCAGCCGAGCAGAAGAGGACAGAAAGCGAAGUGGAGGAAGCCGCUGCCAUCAUUGCACAGCGUACAGAGAACCCACGGGAAUUCUUCAAACAGCAAGAGAGAGCCUCAACAGAUAUUAAUGUCUCAUUGCUGACUCCUCGGACAGCAGGCAGAAGCUCUUCAGAAGCAGGUCCUCCUCGCACUCCUGAAAAAGAACGUCGUAGCAGUCUAGGUGAAGAUUGGAACAAGUCCUUAAAUUCAGACCAACCUGUCCAAGAUGGAGCAUGGGCUCAACAGGGGCUCACAGAAGAUGUUUUUAUGGAGAUACGUGAUGAGGAUGCAGGCUUCCCUGAUGCUCCUCAGUUGACGGGGUGUGAAGAUGAAGCAGUUAUGGAAAUAGGGGAGGCCAACCUGAUGUCUGACGCACAUCCAGAGCCACCACAAGAAGCUUCAGACCUGCUAGAUCUAUGGCAAAACAAUGAGCCCCAAGAAACUACCUGGACAGAUGGAAACUUGAUGACUUCACAUGAGGACAUCCAAACAGAGCAAAAGCCCUCAGAAACAGAGGCCUGCCAUCAUGUCCCUGAAGAGAACCUCCUGAACUUUGAGGAACUACCACAACCACCACCCACAUUCUGUGACAUGGAGGCAGAGGAGGAUCCCCAAAGCAUCAUUCACAUUGAGGGUCCUCAUCAGAUGACUUUGAGCUAUCAGCAUGCACUACAAGAAGCCUCUUGUCACCAGCCAGAGCUAACAGACUCUCUUCUGACAAAUGGUGAAACUUCACAGAGAGAAGGAACUCAGGCAAGUGAAGGAUAUUUCAGCCAAUCCCAAGAUGAAGACUUUGCUCAGACAGAUGAUGUGUCAGCAAAAGCUACUGCACCAGUCUUUUACAACAAGCCACCAGAAAUUGAUAUUACAUGUUGGGACUCUGACCCUGUGAUGGAAGAAGAAGAUGAUGAAGAAGGAGGUGGUUUUGGCGAAAGUGCUCAAUAA